AGUAAGAAGAUCGGGUAAAUACUGACACACUUCUACAGUGAGAUACGCGGCGACGGUGAAGACGGUGAAAACAAAUCGACUCAGCCUGGAAACACGAUCCCAAGCGUGGCACGGCAAAAGGGGCAGUAAGAGAUAGUCUGCCGUCAAAAAGACUGAAAAGCUCUACGCCGGAACCCUACCCAGUGACGGGAAUACAGGCCGGUCGGUGUGUGAGCAGAGAAGGCACUCCACCUUCCUCACGUCAACCUCAUCUGUAAAACGGACAUCGUAAUGUCCACUUUCCAGGGCCGGUGCAAGAACUCAGGAAGAUAUUGUGCACUUGGAACUCCGUGGAGGCUCAGUAAAUAGCCACUGUCUGUAAAGGUUGCAUCAUCCAAGGACGGCCCCAACACUAUCUCCUGUUCAUCUAGUAUCUGGCAAUCCUCCCUUCAAGGAGUGGAGCCUGACUCCUUUCCCCUGGAAAGGAGGACUUUGCUCAGUGGGUUGAGAAGGAUAAAGUGGGCCUUUUGAAUCAAGAGAGCCUAGAGAUUUUAGAGUGGCCCAUUCCAGAAGGAACACUUCCAUUCUGCUGUGAAACCCUUAGACAAGACGUUGGAGGGCUCAAUGGCUGCAAAAUCUCCACCCAGCGUUCCCAAAACCAAGAGUCCGGGCAGCAUCGCCAACAGCAGGGACGAGACUCAAGGGCAGUGGGGUCGUGCCUGGGAGGUGGACUGGUUUUCGCUAGCGAGCGUCAUCUUUCUGCUGCUCUUUGCACCUUUCAUUGUGUACUACUUCAUCAUGGCGUGUGACCAGUACAGCUGCUCUCUGACUGCCCCCGUGAUGGAUGUCGCCACUGGGCGUGCUCAUCUCUCAGACAUCUGGGCCAAGACACCACCUGUGACAAAGAAAGCAGCCCAGCUGUAUGCCUUAUGGGUCACGUUCCAGGUGCUUUUGUACAUGGCACUUCCUGACUUCUGCCAUAAGUUUCUGCCGGGCUACGUGGGAGGUGUUCAAGAGGGUGCCGUGACCCCCGCAGGGAUUGUCAACAAGUAUGAAAUCAAUGGCCUGCAAGCGUGGCUCAUUACACACCUUCUCUGGUUUGCAAACUCUCAUGUCCUGUCCUGGUUCUCUCCCACCAUCAUCUUCGACAACUGGAUACCACUGCUGUGGUGCGCCAACAUCCUCGGCUAUGCGGUUUCCACCUUUGCCAUGAUCAAGGGUUAUUUCUUCCCCACCAGUGCCAAAGACUGCAAAUUCACAGGCAAUUUCUUUUACAACUACAUGAUGGGCAUUGAGUUUAACCCCCGGAUUGGGAAGUGGUUUGACUUCAAGCUGUUCUUCAACGGACGCCCCGGGAUCGUUGCCUGGACCCUCAUCAACCUGUCCUUUGCGGCCAAGCAGCGGGAGCUCCACGGCCAAGUGACCAACGCCAUGGUCCUGGUCAACAUCCUGCAGGCCAUCUACGUGUUGGACUUUUUCUGGAAUGAAACGUGGUACCUGAAGACCAUCGACAUCUGCCACGACCACUUUGGGUGGUACUUGGGCUGGGGGGAUUGUGUCUGGCUGCCGUACCUUUACACACUGCAGGGCCUGUACCUGGUCUACCACCCCGUGCAGCUGUCCACCCUGCAUGCCACCGGCAUCCUGCUGCUGGGUCUGCUCGGCUACUAUAUCUUCCGGAUGGCCAACCAUCAGAAGGAUCUGUUCCGCCGCACGGACGGCCGCUGCCUCAUCUGGGGCAGGAAGCCCAAGGUCAUCGAGUGCAUGUACACGUCGGCAGAUGGGCAAAAGCAUCACAGCAAGCUCCUGGUGUCGGGCUUCUGGGGCGUGGCCCGCCACCUCAACUACACGGGCGACCUGAUGGGCAGCCUGGCCUACUGCCUGGCCUGCGGCGGGGGCCACCUGCUGCCGUACUUCUACAUCAUCUACAUGACCAUCCUGCUGACCCACCGCUGCCUCCGGGAUGAGCACCGCUGCGCCAACAAGUACGGCAGUGACUGGAAGCGCUACACGGCUGCCGUGCCCCACCGCCUGCUGCCCGGGAUCUUCUGAAGCACCGUCCCCUGGUAGGAGGAGCCGUGAGGGGCGGUGAAGAGCACAUGAGGCUGGUCUGCUGGGGCUCCUGGCAGCCCUCCCCCACCCAGGAGCUUCUAGUCCCUCAUCUGAAAUGGAAUGAGCCUGGUGCUCAGGAUGCGCUGCUCCCCCUUGGCCCCAGGGGAGUCCUUAGGGCUCGUGCCACCUGCCUCCCUGGCAGCAGAAGCGAGCAGAUUCCUCUAUGCAGUGAUCCGCGGGCAGGUGGAGGGCCUGCUCACCUUUGACCCCCCCCCCCCAACGAUGACCGUGUCUCUCCUGUGUGUUGGGAACCAGACAUGCUGGUGUCCAACCUGGAGCAGACACCUGCUUGCUAUCACUCAUCCUCACGAAAUAAAGGGGGGACGUGGAUAUAGCAGGUGCUCCAAUUACCAAUUUAUUGCCUUUCGGCCCCAGAUGCGCUUUCCUUACCUGCUCUGUGAUCCUGAGCCGGACCCUGUGGACAUCUCUUCUUUGCUGUAUGCACGAUGUUAUAUAUGAGGGACACUGCACGGACGAGGGGGCUUCUCUUUCUGGUUUCAGUGACAUCUCCUUCCCUGUUGCUCACGUCUGCAGGGCUGCAGUGAGGAGACAGCCAAGGUGCCUGCCCAGAGCAUGCAGAGGUCCCAGCAUGGGCCGCAGCUCCCAGGGUCUGACCCUCUGAGCGUCCGGCCGCCAGCCUCGCCUGCCACCCCUCUGUGGGGUGCAUCCCGCUUGCCUGGUGACUGCACACAUUGGCUCAGGCAGCCCAGCAAACCUGUGUGCUGUCCAGGGAGCCUUCUCCAGCAAGAUGUGAAUCCCAGCCUCCAGGAGGGGGUACCUUUCAAGUGAACUUUUUUUUACCCUGGGCAUUUGCCGUUAACCCUAGGGUUUUCUUGAGAGUUCUCUUUGAACAUUAUUGCCUUAGUAGACUUGAUAAUUCUUUAUAUUAAACUUGCCCUGAUCAAACUUC